UGACUCACAUCCUUCGCACGGGAAGACGAAUGCCAGGUCCCACCAAGGCUCCCUGCUCAGUCUUCGUCGUUUGGGAGACAGAGACGCUCCCACCCAGCGGGCAAAUCAAAUCCAGGGCAUUUUGAAGCUCCAGCCUGGACUGCUGACCUGCUUUAGUUAGUGUGCCGUUUGCUCAAGUCUGCCCUUGACGAGGUCAACCAACUUCCUCAGGCCAGAAUGACUAGUACUAGUGUUGCGUUCAUCUCCGUCAGCGCCUUCUGUUUCGUGCUUGGCUUUGUCGUUGAGCCAGUAGCCUGCGGUGGGACCCACGAUGUGCCACUCGACAUCGCCAGAGGAGUCCUUCCAGAACGCCCCGCCGGCGAGAGGAGACUUGCCAAAAGGGAGAUCCAUCGCAUGGCAGGUCACAUCCAGUGCUCGGAGGUCACCGUCGAAGGAGGAGGAGGAGGAGGAGGAGGAGGAGGAGGAGGGACGGAAGUCAAAGUCGUGAAGGAGAUCCGGACGGACUCCUACGGAUUCCUCCUGAGGCCGAGGGAGGACUUCCAGAGGAUCGUCUUCAAAAUGCUGAUCGACAACGCGAUGAACGUCCAGCCGCCUUAUCUCUACGAGGACGCCCUGGACAUCACCAGAGCGAUGCUGGAGGAGGCCUCGCCAACGGCGCCCGACCAGUGGCACGAGUUCCACGUCAAGUAUUACAAACAUCAGGUGAACCCGAGUCUGUUCAGCCUGGGGCGUGACAAGUUGGCACUGCAGGUGACGGUGGGAAACCAGACGCGCCCUUUGAUCACCAAGCGGUGGUGGCGGACGCACUCCUACUCAGGAUUUCAGAUCUCGGUCGAGGGGGGCGCCGACUUCCUGUUCGACUGCGCCGCCCAAUCGAUCAUCCACAACGCCCCCGUGUCGGUUGCAGGCCAGCCCCUCCUCCUGGGGGGCAUCCUGGGGGCCUGCUUCCUUCUGGUGCUCGCGGGGUGGGUGUUGUACCUCGUCUUCAGGAGGCCAAGUCGCCACGGGUACGACGAGCCCCCUCCAGUGCCAGAACUGCCCAAAUCGCUGCUGCUGAGCAUGGACAAGGUCAGCCACGCCCCAGACGCCAGCCACCACAUCUACGAGGAGUUCGACGAGGACACCCUAUCGCGCCUCCGGCAGAAGAUGAACGCCGCGACCUUGGGCGACUGCCUGGACCCGCCCCCAAAACCCCCCUCCGAGCAACAGCAGGCACCGUCGCUAGCCGUGGGCAACGAGUACGACAUCCCGAAGGGCGUCCCCCUGCGAGCACGUCCUCACGAGAGGGUGAAGGGCGCGGUCCCGCCGAAGGAGCGGGUGUACGCGAACGAGACCUCCCUGACGCUGAUCGACGAGAAGAUCAAGGCCACCACGGGCAUCAGGGACUCUAUGCCCGAGACCCACUACAUCGAGAUGCACGGGAUCGUCAACAGGGGCUCCGUCGACAUGGGGGCUUUGGGAGGACAGUGAGACAGGGGACACUAAUUAAGGGUUCUCGAGGAGGAAAGAAAAAAUAAAUCGAAGUAAUGCUUCCCUAAGUGGCCAAGUUCGUGCCCAUUAAAAACGAGGUCCUUUAAAAACAACAGGAUCCUAUAAGACCAAAGUCCUUUAAAAACAGGAUCCUAUAACACCAACGUCCUUUAAAAACAAGGUCCUGUAACACCAACGUCCUUUUAAAAACAGUCCUGUAAUACCAACGUCCUUUAAAAACAGGGUCUUUUAAAAAAAUCCUAUAAAACCAAAGUCCUUUAAAAACAGAGUCCUAUAAAACCAAGGUCCUUUAAAAACAACAGGAUCCUAUAACACCAAGGUCCUUUAAAAACAGGGUCCUGUAAAAACAAGGUCCUUUAAAAACACGCGUCUCUGUUUGACUGAUUAACUGACUGACCUGACUACUUGCUGAAAAAGGGUCACACGAAAAUAGUAAAUAAACCUCAGUGACUGUCUGACUUGCCAAUUUAUUGAGACACUAAGAAGAAGAAAAUAAAAGAAAAAGUUUCUAUUGCAGUGACUCUGCUUGACCUGAAAAUCCAACGAGAUACGAAUUAUAGUGUUUCGACAAUACUGAAAAUGUGAUAAUACUCAUGGUUGUGACAUCAUAAAAAUUACCAGAUUAAGAUUAGUGGCGAGAGUGGAGAAUUACUGGAAACAAUAUGUAAACAAAAUUAUUCAUUUUGCACGUGACUUAUUCACAUUCAAAAUAACUGCACCUUCGUGAGGGCAACCAACUUUCAACUCAACGCACCGAGUAUGACACUCGACAGGAAAUAUAAAUCACAUUCAAGGAAACUCAGUUCAAAAGCUGCAAACGACACCAGAUUACACAACGACAGAAAUUUAAAUUUAAACAAUAAAGUCAGGACGGAGAAUGAAACGUGUACGAUAAACAAAAACUCCCCCAGAAAAUGACUGACGUGACAAGCAAGAAAGAAUAGAUUCGUAAGAGAAACUCCCCACGGCAAAUAUAAACAAACAAACUCAAGAAAGACGCACCUUCGAAAUGAAAACAAAUCCUAAUCGACCGGAAAUCCUACCAGAAUGAGGACGGCAGGAUUUUCGACGGCCAUUCAAUGAUUCAAGUUAAAACUCCUUCUGCUAAGGAGGCGAAGAUAUCUACAGAGCAAGUGGGCGAUCCGAUUCUAUGUAACAAAAAUGAUUUUGAUCAAAACCCUUCCGAACUUCGUUCCUGCCCCAAAACUCGUCAUACCUAAAAACCUUCUACCAUCUUUCGUCGUUUCCUUCCUCUCUUUUCAUAACACUUAGUGUCCAUGGCACAGUAACGAAAAACAGCUCGAUCCUAGAAUGGCAGGAUAAAUAACGCGUCACAGAGGUGACGAAAAGACUUCCGCCCCGAAAAGAAAGUGUCGCAAUGCUGUACUCGUCCAGUUCUCUGGGACCAAGGGACACCUGACUUGAGGUCAGGUACGACGCCCUGGUCAAUUUCUGACAACGUCAACAGCUGACUGGAAAAACUUUCAGUUUAUGACGUCACUGGAAAUGUUACAUCAUUAAUUUAUGGAUCUAUACGCGAAACUAACGCCUUUGGCGUUGUAAAUAUGUUAAAAUACGCGUAUGGAAGACUAAAGUGUAGCCAAUUGCAGUAGUAGAAAGACACUGAUACUUUAGUUUAUAGCAUGUAUAUAUGUAUAUAUAUAUAUAUAUAUAUAUAUAUAAAUAUAUAUAUAUAUAUAUAUAUAUAUAUAUAUAUAUAUAUAUAUAAUAUUCUCAAGUAACAGUAUCCUUCUGAGUUAUCCCAAGACAUACCUAUUUUAACUGAAAUCUUCUUUCAAACUACCAGUUCUGGUUCUGCAUCAUUGUAUACCCUAAAACUCCAAGUCCAGUCUGAGACCUGAGAACAGUUAACUGCCUGUGUAUACCUGCUUGACAAUGUAAUUAGUAUGUUUGAGUAGUAAUAUACCACUUACUAACGACUCCAGGAAUCACAUGCUUAUACUUUGUAAAUACAAUUACCCAAAUGUA